AUGCCAACUUUCAUCCAUACGUGUUUGGGUAAAGAUUUCCACACACUUAUCUCCCGUUGCGAAGAACAAACCAGAAACCUCGCAGGCCACACUGCUGAUCCACUCUUUAUACAAAAGAUUGCAUUCAUCAGCUUGAAUCAUCAUGCGGCAAUUGAGCGAUUGGAUACAAUUCGGGCGUUUCAUUUUGGCUCUCACUUGUUGGUCGAAGUGGAUAUUGUCCUCCCAAUGUCCAUGCCACUGAAGGAAGCGCACGAUAUUGGCGAGGGUCUACAGAACAAGCUGGAGAAUGUGGAUGGAGUCGAACGUGCCUUUGUCCAUUUGGAUUAUGAAUUUUCUCAUCAUCCGGAGAGCGAGCACAAAUACGCCUAGUCCAGGAGCUGUACACGCCACAUUGUUGCUGUUUCCGUUCUAUUUUCUCGUCUUCUUCUAUUUGUGCAGCAAGUUUCCAUUCGUCUUUCGAGUAAACAUCUCUUAAUUUUUGUCAUUAUUGGUGCUCAACACCUUUCCCCCAUCCCCAGCAGAUAUGGCCCAAAUAAUCGUAAACCAUUCACCCAGAUUACACUGAGAUGGUUACGAUGUUUUGCGCUAUCCGUUCAAAAAAGAAACUUGCGUACAUCGUUUACCACUGUGUAUUUUUUCGAUUUUUUAUUUCUUCUUGGUCGACCGUAUUUUCGCUCAUUUUGCAGAUCGAAGUUUUGUGAAUUAUCCUUCCUCAGUUUACAUUACAAAUGGUUUUCCAUUGCUUGGUUCGGCUGUAUCUUCGUUUUACAGCUUACUGUGAUGACAGGUAGAAGCGGUUCUCGACCCUUUUCAUCCUUUUUCGCCUUUGUGAAUAAGAAGGGUAUCGUUUCAUCGUACUUCGUCGACCCCUCGAAAAGAUUAUGGCACACAUCUUUCAGUGCAUUUGUAUAGAAAAACUGUUGAGUUAACACGGUUUUAUUUCCAUA